AUGUCGUCAGAAUCAGCUGUUACAGGGUACACCGCACCAUUGACGGUUUGCACCGUCACGGGUGGUGCAGAACCAUUGUACUUCCCGGACGACGGCCUCUGCACCUCCGUGUUUUUCGACUCGCUGGGAGUGACUCACAGAACCAACGAUUUCUCGGUCGCGCGACAGAGUGCCACCGCGGUACGCUUCGUCACUCAGGGUCGAGUUGGCCACAAGACACGAUACGGCAUGUCCGUGUCCUUCAGAGAUGCUGAGAACUUCGGCAACGCCUUCCGCACACCCAAGGGUAAGGCGGAUUACGAGAGCUACUGGUCAUUCAACGUCUACGACUGGGGCUUCCUCUCCAUCGACGAGCUCCAGGCCGAAGCAAGGCACUCCGAUGUCAUCUUCGUGCUGACCGCCCUCAAGGAGAUCCAAGAACACGCACUGUCAAAAAAUGCCCCGCGGCCCCACACGUUUUUGGGAAUCUACCUGAGGACAUCCCCAGUCUGCGCCGCAGUUGCGGAGUACAUCAAGACAAUCUUCACUCCGACUGGUGUUGUUGUCUUGGGACACUUGUCCUACGCCGAUAAUACAAGGUCUGAUUGCGUCAUCAUGCCACCCGUGAACUUCGUCGACCCACGCACUCAGAAACCCGGCAUCACUUACGGUCACCGCAUGCGCGACGCGACGCUUGCUCUGGCCUGCCUCUGGGAGCACAACGUCCGCACCAACAUGUCCCUGUCCGUCACCAUGCGAGCGCGCCGGUACAAGCUUAAAAGCGGCAGCCAGGGAAAACCGCCGUUCUACAGUGACUGUGAAGUUGACCCGUACGAACAACGUACUACGGCUCAGGAGGUGAAGCAAAAAAGCGUCUACUAA